AAAGGUAAGAAUGGCUUAGGAUGUGAUCACAGGGAACAAUGGCUAAAGAAAGCAGUGAUGAAAUGAAAAAAUUAGAAGAGGAGAUGCAUAUGUCAGAAUCCUCUGAAGGUGAAGAAAGUGGGAGGGAAGAUAAUGAGGUCCUUGAGUUAGAAGAGGACUGGGAGGACAUUGAGGAAAUUAAAAAUCCAGAAGAUACUGACAACCAGGGUGACUUACAAAAAGAAGAACUAUCAAAAGGUCUACCAUUGGAAAGCAACAGGAACACAGAUGGAAGUAAGCUCCAAGGGCCAUCAAAAGAGAAGAGAAAGUUUGGCACCUUAAACAUUAUAAAAAACAUUUUUCCAUUCAAGUCAUCAGAGAAAAGUGUGCCAGCAUCUAGAGGGAUUAAGCGGAGCAAAGG